UCGAACGCGUCGAACGCGUCUUACCUCGUCCGGUCGUUUUUUUAGAAGAGUGUUGAGUGUAUACAAUUGUGGAUAUCAUUAUCACUGCUAAAAUAUAAUCACUAACCGAGACGCGAGUACGCGUUAUUGACAGUGUUUUUUUUUUUUUUUUUUUAACUCUUACCGAUGUCCGCCAGACACCAAAGUGACCGCGAAUCGACUGAUCAGUUUUUAAUAGUUUACUAGUUUAUUUAUUUUUUUUUUGAUAUAUGUCAUUCCGUACGUCGGGCCGACGUUCGAUUCAUGGGCAUCGCGAAAAAAAUGGAAUGGCUCAAGUGGAUACGAAAAUAUUCCACAGGCAUCCUGGACACGAAAACAGGUAGCAUGGAAACGUUAAUCGAUUCGGCCAGUUCGAAAACGGUCAACAGCAAUUACGCUUACGCGUCUUCGGUGACCGCCGACGACGAAUGCGUUAUCAGCCGCAGCCGCAGCCGCCGGCACGACUCAACCGCAACGAAGACGACGGCGGCUGCGGCGGCAGUUGUCCCGAAACAACGGCCCAUGUUGCCGCCGCCAGUUUCGAGUGGCGAAUCGCCGCCGUCCACCCCAACACCACCUCCCCAAUCGCUACCCAACGACGACUACGACUGUUACAUAUCUCUGGACGGAAUACCCAUCAAACAGGAAUUCCAAUACACCCUGUCCGCCGACACCGACGGUUGUGGAAAAAUCACCAAACACGACAUCGAGGGGCUCGCUUCGAAAAUUUUGGAGUCCAUGUACGGUACGACCAUGAAGUUUUCGGCACCGGGACGCCGGACGGUCAAAGUGACGUUGAACGUCCGGCAGUCGGCCACGGACGUCGUCGACGGCUGCCGCCCUGUUCCUCCUCCGUCGUGGGGCAGCCACCACCAGCAGCAGAAAACCCCGCAAAGGGGCGAACGCAGGAGCAAGUCUGACCACCACCAGAAACACCGCAGACCGGCCGCGGUCGACCAGCCGUGUACGCCUCCUCCGGUGUACGUCCAAGGAGGAUCGUCGGCUAGCCACCGGGUCAAACAGGGAGCGCAGCGGUACAGGCGCGACCAACUGGUCGAGAUGGUGUCCAGGAGUCUGGCGGAAAACUUGAGUUUCCAAAAUCAAAGGAAAUCAAACAAGCCAGAAUCGUACCACCGGACCAGGACGAAGCGUCGUCCCAACGCGGAUAAUACCGCCGUCGUGCCGCAACCGCCGCCGCCGUCUUCGACCAAGCCCGCCGCCGCCAAGCCGUCCAAAGUGGCUUGGAGCCCGUACGACUUCGAGCCGGUCACGCACGCGCCGCCCACGCUCCACGAACUCAAGAAGCAGCACCAGCUUCUGUACGGCAACGUGGUCGGCGGCGGCGGCGGCGGCGGCGGACCGGCCACCGUCGAGGAGCAUGUGGUCAAGUGGUUGAACCAGCACGCCGCCGCUACCCCGCCGGUCAAGAACGGCGCGACGACGACGACGACGACCCAGGAAGAAGAGCAGCAGCAGAACACCAAAAACAACCAACAGCGGUACAAACGCGCCAAACUGGCGUCCAAGAAGAUCCACCAUCACAUACACGAACACCACCAUUAUCACCAUUACGACUACUAUAUCGUUUAGCAGCGCUGUUGUAAUUUGAAUUAUUAAUUUUAGCUAUUUAAUUUAUUAUUGAGAUGUUUCGCCGUCCGUUUUUAUUAUCGUUUUAACCGGACAAGACACGGUCAUUUUUCUUAUUAUUAUUAUUAUUUUUUUUUUUUAAUUUAAGUUUGAACUAUGUCAUUAUUAUUAGUAUAUUAUUAUGUAUAAUUGUCACCGUCAGUUUGUACAAAACCAUCUUACCUUCCCUUCUUUCGGCCGUGUCUUUUCCGGCCAAAACGAUAAGUACCAGCGCGGUAUAAUUUAUUUUUUUUUUAUUAUUCAACGACUGAAGUUUGAUUUACUUGUAAACUUGUUUUAAUUACUUGUAAAAAUGGUGUUUACCCUUAUUUUUUUUUGUUUUCAAAAUCCACCGUUUAAACAGUUCAGUUACACACACACACACGAGAUCCGACUUUAAGCCAUUAAAAAAAUAUUUAUUAUAAUAUCCCCGAAGUAUUUGUCAACGUGUUUAACAGCCCUAAGUUCCUUUUUUUUUUAUUAAUUUACUUGUAUUUUUUUUUUUUUACAUAAUAUACAUACAUAUAGUAAUAUAUAGA